AUGAAUCAAUUCUCAGAUGGAAUUCCAAGAGGAAUUGGAGGAUUGGAAAAUCUGGCGCAGCUUUAUUUGAGACACAACAAGUUGCAUGGCUCUAUACUGGACUCAAUGAGAAACAUGGUAUCGAAGUUUGACUGUUUGACACUCUAUCUUUCGAUGUAUUUCAAUGUUUAUACCAACAAAUUAGUCCUGCCAUGCCCUACUUCAUCACAGCACAUAGUAAACAGGAAAAAGGUGAUAGGUCUUUUACUUUUACUGGGAAUUGCACUUUUAUUUGUCCCUAUCACUUUUGUCUUUGUAUGGAUAAGGUAUAGAAGAGAUAAGCGAGCUCCUCCACAAGCUGAGUCAUUGUCUACCGUAACAAGAGAAAGAAUUUCAAACUAUGAAUUGCUCCAAGAAACUGAUGGGCUUUGCGAGAGUAAUCUGAUUGGUUUAGGAAGUUUUGGCUCUGUUUACCAAGGAAUUCUCAUAAGUAGAACUGCCAUUCCAAUGAAAGUGUUCAAUCUACAACUAAAUGCGUCAUUCAAGAGCUUUGAUAUGAAUUGUGAACUUCUGCGCAGCCUUCACCACAGGAAUCUUGUAAAAGUAAUCACUAGUAGUUCCAACCUUGAUUUUAAGGAUUUAGUGCUCGAGUAUUUGCCAAGUAGAAGUCUUAAUAAGUAUUUGUAUUCAGAAAACUACUUCCUCGACAUCAGGAAGAGGCUAAGCAUAAUGAUAGAUGUGGCAUGUACAUUGGAAUAUCUCCAUGGGUGUUCGUCUGCUGUGAUUCACAGUGAUCUGAAGCCUGGUAAUGUCUUGCUGGAUGAGGAUAUGGUUGCCCACCUAACCCAUUUUUUCAUUUCAAAACUACUUGGUGAGGAUGAAAGUGAUUCAUACACCAAGACUUUAGCAACAUUGGGAUAUAUUGCCCCAGAAUAUGGACUGGAUGGAUUGUUCUCAACAAAAAUGUGAUGUCUCUAGUUAUGGGAUCAUGUUGCUGGAAACGUUUACUAGGAGAAAGCCAAUGAGUUUGAGGGUGACCUUAGCAUGAAGCAAUAGGUGAGUUAUUCACUCCGAGAGGAAGUAAUGGACGUUGUAGAUAUCAACUUGGUAACACCAACGGGUAGUCACUUACAGAAGGAGCUAGAUGUUGUGUCUUCAAUCAUGAAAGUUUCAUGAGAUUGUUGUGUUGAAUCUCAGGCAAGAAGGACAAACAUGAAUGUAUUGUAGGGAUGCUGCAGAAAAUCUAGAUUCAAGUAGGGAUGCUGCAGAAAAUCUAGAUUCAACUUCUUGCAUAUUGUAAUCCGAGCUAAAGAUAAAACAAAUGUGACCACUCUUCAAAUGUAAUUGGACCUGAAUCUAGGAAGUUUAUUGGAUAUAGGUGUAAAGGUGAUGUCUUACGAGUCAUAGGGACAUUGAGUAUGAACUAAGGGGAUAAGAAUUCUCAAAAUAAAUUUGAAUUGAAAGGUUCUUUAAUUAUUAAGUUUUCGUACAGUUUCAUACAAAGAUCAAACUUAAAUAAGCAUUUCUCCUAUAAUACUUAAAGUUACGUGACCUAUUACCUAUCAAAUCAAAUAUUUUUGAGUCUUCUUUCCAAAGCCACAAACAUCUCAUAAAUAUGAGUCCCGAAUGAAAAGUUACGUGUGUUUUGCUUAGAAGGGUCAGAAAAGCCUACCAGACGAAAUUUUCUGUUCUUUUCUUAUAUUUUCACAUUCGAGGAGGGUUGAUUUCAUCAUCUCCUUUUCCCAAAACCCCCCCAAUACCUUUUAAAAACUCUUUCUUCAUCAGUUUAAAACAGUUUUUUCAGUCACAACACCUCUCUCCCUUCUCUCAAACUCAAGCUUAAUAAAUCAAAGAGGACUGGCUCAAGAAUCAAUCUUAGUUUCCACCUUCACGAUCACUAAGUUCCUCCGAACAAUUUUUGGCAUGUAUGACUACUCCUUUCAUCUUUGUAUUUGUUCUCCUUUAUUUCAAAUAACACUCAUUCUAAUUCGGUUACAGAAAUUUUCAUGCCCUUGUCAAAGUAUAGAAUACUUUUAGCUUGUUGUUUGGAAAUUCUUGGAUAAACUCUCAAAGUCAUGAAUAUUCCAAAAGGUUUAAUGAAUUUCACUAACCCUUAUAUAUUGAUGAAAGUCUCUUGAAUCUAAAAUACUAUGCAUCUCAUUACAUUUGUGAAAAUCAUGAACCUUGUGGUUACAAUCAAAACUUGAAACCUUCAAUAUUUUUAUAUGAACCAUGAAUCCUAUAAUAUUUUCUUGAAUUAACCCCAAUUUGGACAUUUGAUAAAUGAAGGACUUUUCGUAAUCCCUAAUAAGCUCCUUUCAUUUUCCCACAACCAAAAGGUGUAAAUUCUUAAUUAUUUCUCCAUAGAAUAAUAAUACGAAUUUCCACACUUUUGAUAUGAUAUGAUUCACCCUCAACAAGAAUACUUCAAGUUACUCCAUAAUUCCCCUAAAUGCUAUAAAAGCCGGACAAUGAACCAUGAUAUAAAGUAUGAUGAUGUUUACCUCUAGUGACUCGCCAAACCCAAACAUGUUAUGUUAUGAUAAUAACUCAUGAUUUUAUAACCGAAUAUUAAAAUUCUUGGGAAUGACCCUUACAGUGGCAAAUCUAUGACUUUGUGCCUAAAAAUGGCCAAAUUAUUUAUGUGAGCCGAAAAAGGCUAAACUAUGAACAUGAGCCAAAAAUGGCUAAAUUAUGAAAAUGAAAAUGAACCUAUUAUGAUUAACUCUCAAUAUGAGCCUAAAGUGGCUAUACACAAUUAUAAGCCUAAAGAGGCUAAACCAUGAGCAUGAGCCUAAAAAGGCUAAACUAUGAACAUGAGCGUAACAAGACUAACAAUUCGUUCUCAUAGAUAGAGCCAACCAAAAAGUUAAGAGACUGCACAAAAUAUUAUGAAGAGACCAUUAGUGUGUUUAAUUUCUUCAUUUCGAAACGAUGCACCCUUGUUUAUAUUAAUCGUGUGUUUGACCAUACUGUAAUAUGUACUCUCAGACCCUUUUGAACCUUGUUACUUAUGACAACUUUAAUCGAAAAAGUUUGUAUGUCAAUUCCUGGGUAGUAUUGUUACUUGAGAGAUAGUGUAGUUUGGGGUGUUGUAAGUCAUACGCAGUAGAAUGAAAUCUUGAUCCAGAAAUAAUAAUUCAGAAGUUUAGAGGUCUAAAAGUGCAGAUGGUAAAUUGAUCGAAGCAUGUCGCUGAAAUCAUUUAUCCAUUAACUGAGUGAUGAGAUGAAAUGUCCUUAGGUGUUGAUCAAGGUGUAAAUUUGAUGGAUGCAAGUAGAGCAAGGAUGGAAUGCGAUGGUGUUAGAAGUAUACUUGAACUACGAUGCAAGUUAGGACGACAUGCGAUGGUGUUAAUAAAGAUUAAAUCUAUGCUGUUAACACGAGGAUAGAGUGGUCAGGAAUUGUCAAAUUUACACUACCUCUUGUGUUUUAAACAGAGUACCCCCACUUGUUGUUUUAGAGCUAUGAAUGUAGUUUAGGCAGGUGAUUGAAUAAGUAGUAGCUGUGUGUAAAAAAAAUAUGCGAAUAGAUUGGAACAAGAUAUGCUGUGAGACUAGAUUAAAAAUUUACUAUUUUGUCAUGAGCCCUCAAUGACCUAGCGUUUCUUGAUUAUCUUCAGUGGCAACAAUACUAAUUAGUAUAAGUGGAUGAGUGUUGCCAUCAAAGUUUAGUACUAGACCGUAAAGCUUGACCUUAGAUGAUCGCGAGAAAUAAAUUUGUUAACUUGUGAAAACGGUGAAAUUGUAAGUGUGAUAUAUAUGGCUCUAGAUGAAUGAGAGAGUGAAGGCUAAAACAUUAGAUGAUAAGGAAAUCUUAAGAAUUAUAAGGGAAGUGUGUUGUGCUCCUAGUUUAUUAUUCUUGAUAAGGUGUAAGUUGGAGAGAUUCUAGGUAUGAAUUAUAUGGUCAUCCUACGGUCUGAAUCAGGGGAUUAUAAAUAAGACAGUACAAUGUUUAGUCUCUUGAUAUAUGUUUUAAUUCUAAAAUAUUGGGUGGAUUGAGCCUCAACCUCUAGAGGAGUGGAAGAGACUUCUUUGUCCUUCUUGUUUUGACUUUUGCUCUGACUUCUUCUCAUCUAAGCAUUUGCUUCGGCCUACAAAAGCUCGGACGAGCGUUGAAUAUCAUAAACUCAAAGAAGACCAGGGUCAGCCGACCUAG